CAGAAUCCCGAGGUACUGCUGAGGGACUGCCUGCCUCUAGUGCUGCACAGGGGGAUCGGACGUCUGUUUGAACCUGCUGUCUGCUUCAGAAAUCACCAGCGAACGUUACAGCGUCCUCGAAACCAGUCAUGUUCGGUCCGGCUCUGCUGCUAUUGGCGACUCUCAGCACUCUGGGAACCAUCACCACCGCUAAUCCCAGUGCGGCCAUUCAACACGAGACGUUCCUCAGCCAGCCAUUGAACAGACACAUCGACGGAGGCCACGCACCGCUCCGCUCCGGUCCCAGACUGCCGGCGCUGACUCGUUCCGCUCAUCAGUUGGGUGGGGACGCUCAGAAACCACACCACUCAAAGCCAGUCAAAGAGGAAACGAGUUCGCUCACAUUUGAAAACAGACAGAUUCUAGAAGCGCGAAUCAAAAAGAUUCUAGCCCGAAUCUGCCGUAUGAAAAUCCUCGGAACAUCCGUGGCCAAGCUCAGCUCGGCGUGGCCGGAACUGUCUCUUUGCCGCGGGCUUCACCUAAACAACAGGAGGAGGCGCCGUGAGCUGCCGUUCAGUCCCUUCAGCACCACCGUCAGCGCCUGGAACGACUUUGAGACCGACUAUUACCCGGUGUACGACUGGCUGCCGAAGCUGCUGAUCCCCGUGCUGCUGCUGCUGCCGCUGCUGGGCCUGCUGGUCAAGGCGGCUAUAACGCUGGGCAGCCUGGUGGCGUCCGAAAAGGAGCUGCGCUCGCUCAGUUCGCUGGACUCACUCAGCUCCCUGGCAGAGGAUGUGUGGAGAGCCAUCGAUAAGCAGCGGGCUUCUUUUGAGGACUAGAGCGCGCGAGCGGACGGCUGGCCGAUAAGUAAAGAGGCAGUGCCGCGUGCAAGAUGGAAACGAUCACGAGUGCUGAGAACUGUUCUAUGCUGCACAAAAACGUAUGAUAAUAAUAAUGCCAU